CUCAGCAAGCAACAGAAUCAUCGGAGCCAAGGACCACGCUUCCAUCCAGCUGAACAUCGCUGAGGUUGACAAGGUGACUGGUCGCUUCAACGGUCAGUUCAAGACCUACGCCAUCUGUGGACCCAUUAGAAGGAUGGGAGAGUCUGAUGACUCCAUCCUGAGGUUGGCCAAGACUGACGGCGUCGUUGCAAAGAACAUCUGAGCCGUCCAGUUCAGGAUGUGGAAAAUUAGUUCAAUAAAAGGAUGAAAACAAACAGA